AACCAGAAAAAGACGGAGAAGAAGUAGACCUGGAUUCCAGAGAGUCACCUCUCUGGCUCCCCGCAGGGUCCAGGUGUCAGAGGCGGCGCAACCUUCUCCCCGCCUCCUCCGACCGCAGAGCGACGCAGACGGGGCCUCGCAUCACCCCGGCAUCGUGCGCCCCUCGGCUCCAUCGCGCAGGGAUCCUCGGCCGAGGGGCCGCGGGAAGAGUGAGUAGGUCCCUUCGCUCACCUGGGGCGGAGGCGCUCGCUCAUGGCCGCUGGUGAAGGCGAGCGACGCGGCGCCGCCCCGCGCCGACUGCGAACGGACGGGGUUGUGUUCCGGCGACCGCCACGCCCACCCCCACGGGCCUGGGCUCUGGCCGCCGCGCGGGUAGAGACUGCGGGUACUGAGUACCCCUCAGGCCGACCCGUACCACCGCGACUUCCGGCGUCUCCUCCGCGCCCCCCCAUGUCGCAGGCGCCGUGGUACCGUCCUCCUGCGGCUGCGCAGUGGCGGGGACGCCGCUGGCCGCGCUCACCCACGACCCCGCCCCCAGGAAGAGGCGUGUCCGGAGAGGGAAAAACAGACCAGGAACUUCCAGGACCCCGUGUAGGUGUCCGAGGCAUCGGCCUGUUCAAAAACAAACAGGGACAAGCUGUAGAAGUCAAGCCGGAUUUAAAUACAUUAAAUUAUUGGAACACUAAUCGAUACGUGUAUCUGUGUUAAAUCUCUGUGCGGUGAAAAAUGAAAAGAAAAAUAGCUGGGCGAGCUCCAUCAGGCACUGACGCGGACGGCCACAGGCUCUGGGUUCGAUGGUUGGAAGGCGGUGGUGAGUCCCGAGUUCGAAGGGAGCGCCGCGUGGAACUUUGCGUCUCGAGCGGUGCGGACUGGUUUAGUGGAGGGUCUGAGGGCUGGGCUGUUUCCCACGACCUUUGCUGUAGGUCGGGAGUGCAGAUCAGGAGAACGGACUAACGGAGUCCCAGCCCCGACGGGGAGCGGUCCCGCCCACCUGCUGGAAGAGGCCGGGCAGAAAGGUGUGGGGGAGGCCGGCAGGCGUGGGAACGCCUUGCUCGUGGCGAGAUGAGCGUGACCAGGGGAAAUCUCGAAGUCCCAGCGGGGCGUGCGGGGCGCGCACCUGUCAUCCCAACCCUUGGGAGGUGGAGGUUGGAGGACGCGCAGAAAGAGGAUGGCUGGUGCUGGCCCCAGGAUGGAGGUGUGUCCUUAUUGUAAGAAGCCAUUUAAGCGAUUAAAAUCCCACUUGCCACACUGUAAGAUGAUAGGACCACCCGAAUCUGCUGAUCAAAAAGUUUAUCAGUCCAAGCCAGCUUCACUUUCACACACUAAAAAAGAGGCGAGGCCUACCAAAGGUCUAACCCAAGCUAAAAGGAGAGAGCAAGAGACAGAGACGGAGGGUGCACAAAGAAAUGCCCCGUCAGAAAAGGGCAGCCCAGAAUGGACGGCUGCCACCUUUCCAUUGACAGCAGGUGUCUUGGAAAGAGCGGGUACAACAGAGACAGGAGGAAAAACCAAUGAUCAAAACCAGCCCUCCUUCCAAGUUCUCAGUCACGCCAAGAUAAAGGUGACUCUGCAGAGAGUCAAAAACCCUCAGUCUCAUGCGUCAGAUGCCACCUCUCCCAAGAGAGAACUUGCCGAAGAUGUGACUGGAUCCAAGGGAGGUCCAUGUCAUCCCUCAGAAACAGAAGGAUUGCUGGUUGGCUCAGUGGAACCAGUUUUAUCUGAUCAAGGUAGAAAAUAUUCCUCAACUCAGCAUCAUGCUAAACCGGCCACUUCUGCAAGUCUGAAAUUGGACACAGUUGAUCCCCAAAGACAGAAACUUCUGGCAAAAUUAUUAGACGCGCCUGUUAGUGAUUGUCAUUCACCAAAGAAUAGCAACCAUGGGGUUCAUAGAGGCCGACCCUUGAUAUUGAACAAGGAAAGCAGUUCCCGAGAUGGAGACCACGUCUCGGAAGUCUCUCCCUACCCUGGCAAUGCUGAGACCCAAAAGAAGUCAGAAUCACUCUUGGACCUUCACCCCGCUCCACUGGGUGAAACACUAGUCAAAGAGCUCGAUCUCGGAACAGAGUUGUGCCAGCGCAAGGGAAAUCCAGAGAGCAGCAUGUCUGCCACAGAAGUACAGGGACAGGCUUGCUCGGGCCGUGAUAAUAAGAACCCCAUUUUACCCGCAAAGGCAAAAACACAGGCGACCCUGGCACUUUUGAACGUACUUACUCCACCAGAGGGGACUCCAAGGAAGCUUCUCUCUGUACCAGAGUCAGGGCAUCAGUGCCUUGCCUCUCCAGUUGUGAAGUCUCCUCCAGAAGUCCCUGCCAUAACACCAUUAGUGGGAAGCAAGAAGGACGUUUUGGAACCCGUGUCUUUCCGCCAACCCCAUGCACUCCAGACAGGGUACCUGGUGUCUAAAUGCUCCCUCGUCAGUCAUGUUGCUACUGCGGACUCAGAGGCUCUUUCCCGGUCUGUGGGACUCGAGUGGUUUCCAGAACUCUAUCCAGGUUACAUCGGUCUAGGAGUGUUGCCAAGGGGGCCUCAGCAUUGGAACUCAGUGGCUCAGAUGCCUCCCCCUGCCACUUCCCAGGGUGCGAGUGUCUCGAAAGUUCCCUGGUUGGGACGAAGUUCGGCUGAUAGCUGGAGUUCCGAAGCCCCGGCGCACACAACUUCCAGCUUCCCUCUUAUGAGGCUCCUGGGAGCCAUGCACAAAGGCUGGGUGAGGUGCAACGCCACCAUAAAGAAGAGCAGCGUCGGGAGCCUCACCAUGCUCUUCGCUGGCUACUUCAUCCUGUGUUGUAACUGGAGCUUCAAGCAUCUGAAGCUGCAGCGCUGGCGCAAGUAAUGUCGGGCACAUCCGAGAGCCACGGAGGAUGUGACAGAGACAGCUGCAGAGCGGAGGAAACACUCGAAGUGCUGCGGGCAGGGAGGGUGUGAAUAAUAAAACUGCCGAAACCA